GCCAAUGCAUUUAGCCGCCUUCUUUGCUCCGUCGCUGUUUCUAUGAAUACGGAGGGAACCGACUCAAGGUCAAUUAUAGUGUUUAACAUGAAAUGCCGCCAUGAGAUAAGAAACCAUCCAUCACGGCGAGACCCGGCAAAAUGACCCAAGGACGAGUAGUGGUUACUGGGCUAAUGAGGGGGGGGACAAUUGGGAGGAAACCUGGUCGGCAAUGUAGGUUCCAUUCGUACCACCGGCUAGUCAAUACCAAAGCCUGCGUCUUUCAUAUAAGUGUAUAUCUAGGUUGGAGAUGCUACCGUUGCUGCUUUUGUAAGUGGGCGUGUUAGCCAACCGGUCAACAAGAACUGUUUAGAAUGACUCCCUGGUUUGGUCUGGUCGUGGGGGCUUUGCCCCUCAUGGUGGUUGCGGACCACAAUCUGGCAGCUCGACAGUCGAGUGCUUUUAUAACAGUGAAUUUGGAUCAGAAGUAUCAGAUUAUCGAUGGCUUUGGGUGUUCCGAGGCGUUUCAAAGAGCGGUGCAGAUAUCGAAACUAACCGAGGCUCAACAGCAAUAUACUCUUGACUUGCUGUUCAGCACGACAAAUGGAGCAGGCUUAUCCAUCUUGCGAAACGGGAUUGGAUCUUCACCAGAUAUGAGCUCUGACCAUAUGGUCUCUAUCCAACCAAAGAGCCCAGGGGGCCCAUCAAGCACACCACAAUAUGUUUGGGAUGGGUCGGACAAUAAGCAGCUCUGGGUUUCUCAAGAGGCCAUCAAGCGAGGUGUCCAAACCAUCUAUGCCGAUGCAUGGAGUGCGCCAGGCUAUAUGAAGACCAAUGGCAACGAUGCGAACGGAGGGUCACUAUGCGGAGGUAGCGGUGCCAGCUGCUCGAGUGGCGACUGGAGACAAGCCUACGCCAACUAUUUGGUCCAAUAUAUCAAAUUCUACCUCGAAGCUAACGUGACGAUUACGCAUGUAGGUUUCCUCAAUGAACCUGAACUCACCACAAGCUACGCCUCGAUGAGAUCCAGCGGAAUGCAAGCCGCAGAUUUCAUAAAGAUUCUAGGCCCAACACUCCAAAAGGCGAAUUUAACCGUGGGCAUAACAUGCUGCGAUGCCGAAGGAUGGAAUAGCCAAGUUGGAAUGCUAGGGCAACUGGCGUCGGUUGAUCAGUACAUUUCAACGAUCACAGCGCAUUCAUACACGUCGUCGCCAGGCUCACCGAUGAAUACACGGCACCGCGUUUGGCAAACUGAAGCAGCUGAUCUGAACGGGAACUGGCAGGGGGCAUUCUACAGCUCCGGCGGGGCCGGCGAGGGGAUGACAUGGGCGAAUAACAUCCACACAGCGGUCGCGAAUGCAAACGCGUCAGCGUAUCUGUAUUGGAUCGGGGCGCAGACUGGGACGACAAACUCGAAGCUCAUCCGCAUCGACGGCAACACGGUUACCCCGUCGAAGCGUUUGUGGGCAUUUGCACAGUUCAGCCGCUACGCGCGACCUGGGGCGGUACGGGUGGGCGUGCGCGGCGCGCCGUCAGGUGUAAGAACGACGGCCUUCCAGAAUGUCGAUGGAUCCGUGGCCGUCGUAUUCAUUAACGGCGGAACGUCUGCGGUAUCGGUACAGGUCAAGACGACUGCGGGGUCCUCAUUUACUGCUGCAGGCACCACUGCGUUCCUGACCGAUAAUAACCAUGAUUGUGAUGAGAUUGCGGCUUCGUUUAACAAUGCCACAGCGAGCGCGAGUCUACCCGGAAGAAGUAUAGUAACGGUUAUACUGAGACAGUCGAAUUGAGGGCAGAUAGAAACAAAGCUGAGUGGUCCUUUCCUCUAGGCAAUUGGGGUACUGAAGCAUCAUUGAAUCAAGUGCAUGUCCCUUUUUCUUUCUUUUUCUUUCUCCCCCCCUUUUUUAUUCGUUCUUUUUGGGGCGUUCUUAUUAGGUAUCUUUGAAUUUCGGGGGCAACCGAACCCAAGGCACCACAUGUGGACAGUUGCAAGGGCUGCUACGUCGUACAGUCACGACAGUGAAGACCUGGCUUGGCUAUUG